AUGGCCAAAAUCGGAGAGAUUACUCAGCACAGCUCCAUUCCUUUCUUCCAUAAAUCCAGGCCAAAAAGAUGGAGAAAGCAGCCUGCGGCCUACCAUCACCACUCACGCGGACAGUUGGAGCUGCUGGGGCCUCCCUCACCCUGGAAUACACUGGAGCCAGAGACCAUACUCUGCUCCCCGCCGGACCAGCACUCCACAAUGGGACAGGGGUCACAGAAACCCCCACCAAGUACCCCGCAAGAUGCACAAGACAUAUGGGCACUGUUAGAGCGCCAGGCCCAAAACAAAAUGGUGACACAGGAGACCUGGGAGACUGUGGUUGCCACGCAGAACCCUGAGCCAGACACAGCGCAGAACACACUGCAUAAUUCUGAAGAGCAAGCCCCAAACAUGCCAGACUGGUCAACAUUAGCCACCAAGCAGGACAUUAAAGACCUUCAGACUGACUCUGACGGUGGACAUAGCAGUGAUCCAAGCGGAUACAAGUUCUUACUGACAAGGUCAGGGCUACUGAGGAAGACAUCCAAGAUGUGA